CUCUCUCUGCCUCUCAGAGUCUCUUUCUCUCAAAAAUAAAUACAUAAACUUAAAAACAAUUUUUUAAAAUAAAAUUUAGUCUCAUUCAGAUGUGUUCCCUUCAGUCCACUCUGUAUGCAAAAGUAUGAGCAAGAGGGUUGCUCAAGGAUGCUUGUAAAUACCUUUGUUUUUAAUUUUUAUACUGAAUCGCUCCUCUGCUUCUUCACUAGAUCCUCUGCUAGAGAAGCGUUCAGGCCUGGCGUUUCGGGGUAUUCCAGAUACGGUGCCCUUUGGCAUGGAGCUUGUGUCUCUCUCCACUCAGAAGGGCAAAUGGACUGUGAAUUAAAACUUCACCAGGCAUUGUUUCCAUCUCUUUCACGCUGCUGUAACGAAAUACCACAGACUGGGUAGCUUUUAAACAACAAAGACGUAUUUCUCACAGUUCUAGAGGCUCGAAGUCCAAGAUCAGGGUGCCGGCACACUCACGUGAGGGCCCUCUUCCGGGUCACAGUCUGUUUCACUGUCCUCAUGUGGUGGAAGGGGAAAGGGAUCUCUCCGGAGCCUCCUUUAUAAUCCCAUUCGUGAGUGUCCACCUUCAUGAUGUAAGCACCUCCCAAAGGCCCUGCCUCCUAAUACCAUCCUCUUUGGGGGUCAGAGUUGCAACAUAGGAAUUCUGGGGGGACACAAACAUUCAGACCAUAGCACCUCCCCAGUUUUCAUUGUUAUUGUCGUUUUCCCCAUUCUCUUUAUCCCUGAAGUAUCCUUUGUGUAUUCCUCUCAUGCCGUCUUCACCCCUGCCAUUCUGUGGGGACUCGGGCGGCCUUGUUAAAAUAUCUGGAAUGUUCCCAGCCUCUGCCAGCCCUUUGAAGGGCUCGUUUGUCUCAUUCUUUGCACUGUUAGCCAAGUUCUAGGUCUGCUGUGGACCAGUUGUGUGUCAGUGGGGCAAGUGUAGGCUUCUUCAGCUUUUCGGGGCUCCUACUUGUGCAUGUGACAGCCCACCCGGCAUCUCCACCUGGAUGGCCCACAGCCACUACUCUAUGUGACCAAGACUGGAACAGCCUAGCCACCCCACCCAAUCUCUUUUGUGCUCUUCUUGGGCUGCUUAGCUUAGGAAGUGGUACCACCAUCUACACCCCCAACAUGUGGUCACCAAGCCCCAAGUCUUCCUCCUGCAUACGUCUCCGGUCUGUUCGCUUCUCUCCAUUUCCAUUGCCACCACUUUAAUCCACCUGGCUACCGGGGCAGUAUCCGAAUGACCUCAGCGCCUCUCUUGCCUCUCUCCACUUGAAUCUCAGUUCAGCAUCCAAAAUGCUUUUAAGAUGCUGACCUGAUCAUGGGUCAUAAGGCACUGCCUGUCUGGCCCUCACCAAUCCCUCGAGGCACAAGUGCAUGGCCUUCAACCCCCCCCCCCCCCCCCCCCAUUCACUGUGCUCUGGCCUCCCUGGCCUCUCAACUCUUUGAAUGUGUCAGACUCUUUGCACCUUUAGGGCCUUCUCACUUCUACACCCCACCCAGCCCCCUUUCCCUGGCUUCUCCAGAUCCUGGGCUACAUGUCACUUCCUCAGGAAAGCCUUUUGCCCAGUCCCCUCAGACUGUCAGCCCCUCCCUUUCAUAGCUGUUAUCAAAUAGUAAUUAAGUAAUUGUGGGAUUGGUUGAUUAAUGUCUGGCUGGCUAUUUAGACCGCAAGCUCCAGGAAGGCAGAGACCAUGUCUGUUCUAUUCACUUUGUACUGGUCCUAGCCCAAUGCCUGCUUCAUAGUGGGGACCUGAUAAGUAUUUCUAAACGACUGAGUAUAACUUAGCUGAGCCUCACCUUCCUUUUCUGUAAAAUGGAAUAGCAACCGAGGAGGACAUUAACAGCAAUAAUGUUGUGUGUGGACUUGCGUAGAAUCGAAGCACAAUUAUAUAUGAUCUUACUUUCGUGCAGAAAAGUUCUUGUAUGUAGCUUGUAUGAGGAGCUGUGUUUACUCUGUUUAGUACCUCACCCAAAGAAGUGAAAGGUUCAUUGGAGCAACUGUGUUACGGGAGGUGGCAGCCCAGAGCCCGCCAGUGCACGAUGGGAAAGCAAGCCUUGUCCGAGGGCAAUCCAGAUGAAAGACAGGACUUGAUGAAUCCACUUCUAGCCCGGUAAAACAUGGAGAGGAAAAACCCACCCAGAGAGAGCCCCAGAAGACUCUCGGCCAAACUGGGCAAAGGCACAGAGAUGAAGAAAGUGGCUCGUCAGCACGGCAUGGCAGCUGCUGAGUCAGAUAAGGACUCUGGAUUUUCAGAUGGGAGCUCAGAAUGUCUGAGCUCGGCAGAGCAGAUGGAAUCCGAGGACAUGCUGAGCGCCUUAGGCUGGGGCCGGGAAGACAGGCCAAGGCAGAACUCCAAGACUGCAGGCAGUGCCUUCCCUGCACUGUCCCCGAUGGUUGUCAUGAAGAACGUGCUGGUCAAACAGGGCGGCAGCUCGUCCCAGCUCCAGUCGUGGACCGUCCAGCCCUCCUUCGAAGUGAUCUCGGCUCAGCCACAGCUGCUGUUCCUCCAUCCGCCCGCGCCCGCUCCCGUCAGCCCAUGUCACGCCGGCGAGAAAAAGUCGGACUCCAGGAACUACUUGCCCAUUCUAAAUUCUUACACGAAAAUAGCCCCCCACCCGGGCAAAAGGGGCCUUUCCCUCAGCCCGGAAGAAAGAAGGGAAAACGGGGUGCAGAAGAAAGUCUGCACGGAGAGACUUGGGCCGAGCUUGUCUUCCAGUGAGCCCACCAAGCCUGGUGCCUCGCCACCCGGGCCCCCCGCGCCGGCACCCCCAGGCGCCAAGCUCGCCGCGGACUCUGCCCCGCAGGGUGUGCCCUCCCUGGUGGCAGGCGGGAGCCCACAGACUCUUCAGCCCGUGUCCAGCAGCCACGUGGCCAAAGCCCCCAGCCUGACCUUUGCCUCCCCCGCCAGCCCCGUCUGCGCGUCAGACAGCACUCUGCAUGGCCUGGAGAGCAGCUCCCCGCUGUCGCCGCUGUCAGCCAGCUACGGCUCGCCUCUGUGGGCCGCGGAGCACCUGUGCCGCAGCCCCGACCUCUUCGCAGAGCAGCGGCGGAGCAAGCACAGGCGCUUCCAGAAUACCCUGGUGGUCCUGCACAAGUCCGGUCUGCUGGAGAUCACUCUGAAAACCAAGGAGUUGAUUCGUCAGAACCAGGCGACUCAGGCGGAGCUAGACCAGCUGAAGGAGCAGACCCAGCUGUUCAUAGAGGCCACCAAGAGCAGGGCUCCUCAGGCCUGGGCCAAGCUGCAGGCAUCGUUAACAUCGGGCUCUAGUCGUGCCGGCAGCGACCCAGAAGCGUUCUCUGACCACCCAGACAUGUAACACAGGAGGCAUAUUUCCCUGUUACUUGAGCGGUUCUUUUUAACUCUUGCGGUUUCUACUCCUGUUUCCCAGAGCUUAUGUAAGAGCUUUUCCUUCUGAACUUAAACCAUUUGGCAGUUCACUUACGAAGCCACAUGCCAGGACCUGGCUGUCUUAACCUGUGGUCUGUGCACAGUUUACACACGUCUCCGUUCUUCUGAGGACCUCAGAUGCAGAGUGUCCUUGAGUCCCCCUUAACUUAGCCUGCAGGCUGGUAGAUGGGUCACGGGGCAAAGCAGGCGAGCUGGUUGUGUGGGGCUCUUCUGGCUGCCACCUCCCACCAUCCCACUCACUCACUGUGAUCAAGGGCACAGUGACAGGGAUGAGUCCAGAGUGACAUCUGUCAAACCAGGGAGUAGGUGACAUAAGGAUCCCUUUGUGGAUCUCCUCAUGGAUAGCUUAUGCACAGAGAAAAAUACGAGGUGUGCUCAUGUUCCACGAGGCAUCCUGCCAUUUGGGUGAAAACUAAAAUGCCAUGGGCACAGGUUGGGCCGAGGGUGUAGGCGCUUAAUCAUGUGAAGCUUUGUCUUCCUCAACUGGAAAGUCAAGGGGAGAGAAGGGUAGCACCAUUGAACUCUUACACUUUAGUUCCAAGCCAGAUUUCUCUUCACUUAAACUGGUAGGCAAAAUACUUCAGAUUUUUAAAGUAUGGAAUAGAUUCGGUACCAUCUGGAAUUAUAAUUGCUGAAUUGCUUUUUUUUUUUUCUUUCUUUUUUUUUUUUUUUUUUUUUUGACUUAGACUCUGAAGAAAGUAGACAUGGCCAGCAUCUCUUGAUUGGGAGCUGGAAGAUUCUGGAAAUUUGUGCUUCCCCCACCCCCUCUUUUGAAACAGUGCAACCUGUUGUAUGUAUGAAAAUCUCCAAGGUAGCUUCGUGGUUCCUAAGAAUGGAUGUAAGUUAACCCCUCUGCUGCCACUUUUUUUUUUGUCAAACAGGAAAGAAAUGAUUACUGAGCUUGGUAAACUUUGAAUUAAAACCAUCCUGAGGUCAUGACACAGAAGUCCCCAAAAUAUUGGAGACCAUUCUUCAUACCGAUUUUAUUUUCAUACCCAAAGUUUUCGUUUGUCGCCUGUCACAGUGACGUGGAGCGAUGUGGGGUGGAGUCUUCUGUGUUGCCUGCAUUAGAUAUCGGCAGCAAAGCCAGAGGUGUGGUGUUGGUUAUUUGAAGUUCAUCUAGAAAUGGAGGGUGUGAUAAGAAUUUCCAGAUGAUCCCGAUUCUUUCGGCUUCGUGCUAAAGGUAAAUGGGAUUUCUAAGUAGUAGCAUUUCAGACUUUUUAUCCUUUCAUCCAAAAAUGUUGAAAAAUCUUGAAAUUUUGAAAUUUCAAAUCUUGAAAUUUGAAAUGUUGAAAAAUCAUCUUGAAAAAUCUAUGUACAAAUUAUCUUAAGAAGAAGUUCUGUAUGACCAGCUUCGUCUUUUCUGCACUAAAAUGUUCUUGAAGUUUUACCAAGGCCAGAAGCUAAUGCUCAGAUUUACCUGGUAGUUGUUAACUGUAACAUAGUUUCGAAAUGACAAGACUUUAGAUUGCCCACACUUUGUUGUCCACCAUGUAUGAUUUACAUACGGCUGACCAAUUUAGAAAUAGCUUGGUAAGAUCUCAACACUCUCCUGAUCCAGGGCAGAAUUACUACCUGCCAUUUACUUUCUGAAAAAGAGUUUCAAAAUCCCAGCAAAUGUGUCUUUAAGCAGACCCUCGGCUCCUUUGAAUAUUCUCCUCUUGGCCCACUCCCUUUGCCUCCCCUGAAUCUGUGCUGCUACGACAGCCCUGCUCUGCGCACCAUGCUAGGAAGCUUCCUUUUUGGCAGAAUAUGUUGGCAGCAAAGCUAGAGAGACAGGUGGAUUCAGAAAAGCCUGGGCACCAGUCAUGAGUCUUACUGAGUGUCAAAAAUCUGAACAUACUUGCUGAGAACCAAAUUUAUUCCAUCAGAAAAACCCUCUGUGGAGCUAUAAGCCUCUUGGACUCUUCUUCCUAGAUCAGGGUUUGCAUUUCCCUUCCUGUUAUGGUAAAAGAUGAUGAGAGCCAUCAUCGAUCUGCACUGCUGAGUGGCAGGGCGAAGCAGCACCUCCCCGGCUCUUCUCUGAUCGUGUGACUUAGUGUUGGAAGUCGCUCUAGGCUGUUAGCAUGGGUGUUCCUUCCCUCGUGGAGCUGUAAGCAGAUGAAGCCAAAUAGGGAAGCUAGUUCUUGGAAGAAGAAGUCCGUUGAGGCUCCCAGACGUUUGGGGCCAGAAGCCAGAUCGGCAAAUGGAGGAACCUCGGAGUAGACCAGAAAGAUCUCCAUUGGUUGCACACGGCUGUAAGUAGGAAUGGUCUUAGAGAGCAUGCUUUGAUCUGGUAUGAACUACUGUGGCAGGGCUGCUGGCUUCUGAAGGCGAGAAGCAAUUCUUAGUUCAGACCAACCCUUAAAGAGAACUUUUGGCAGAUUUUUUGGCCAUGUUGAAACACAUCUAGAAAAAGCUGCUGGUUGAAUUGGCUAUGGGAAUGGAGUUUAAUAACAUUUGUAAUUUAUUACAGUCGUUGCUUUUUAUUGAUUAUAGUAUUGUCUGACUUUACUAUGAGUCCUUCAACAGAAAAGUAACCCUUGUGCAUAUAUUGAAGUGUUUUUCCUGCUAUGAAUUCUUUAGGGUAGAGAUUUAUUUACCAAAUGUGAAUUCUUUUGAGGAAGUAUGAAGUUUUGUAGAAAUCGACUGUGAAAUGUCAGAGAAAAAUAAAAGUCACUUACUUGAAAACUA